AUGAAGUCCUUCGUUGCCCUCAGCCUCGCGGCCGCCGCUAUGGCUCUGCCUCAGUCAGGAUCUCCGUCCGGCUGCUCGUCCUCCACGUCCGGCACUUUCCAGAUUUCGACAGUCAAUGUCACCUCGGGUUCAUCCAAGCGUGACGUCGAAAAGCGUCAGCUUGCUGGCGCGCUCACCUUGAGCCUUAAUGAUGGUCUUCUGAAGGAUCAAGCUGGUCGUUCGGGAUACAUUGCCAGCAACUACCAGUUCCAGUUUGAUGCGCCCAUCCAGGCUGAUGCUCGUGAGACCUCUGGCUUCUCGCUCUGCAGCAACAGCUCCCUUGCCCUUGGUGGCUCCACCAUCUUCUACCAGUGCCUGUCAGGUACCUUCUACAACCUCUACAGCCAGUCGACCGGCGCACAGUGCAUACCCAUCCACAUUCAGGCCGUCAACAAGGGUGCCUCAGUCUCCCAGGUCUCCGAUGGUCAGCCUCAGGCUUCCUCUGCUGGUCCAGUAGUUACUCAGAUUUCUGAUGGCCAGCCCCAAGCCUCGUCCGCUGGACCCGUGGUCACUCAGAUCUCUGAUGGUCAGCCCCAGGCCUCUGCUCCCGCCGGCCCCGUCGUUUCUCAAAUCUCCGAUGGUCAGCCUCAGGCGCCUACUCCCGUUGCGCCUGUCGUUUCUCAGAUUUCUGAUGGCCAACCUCAAGCGCCUACUCCUGUUGCGCCCGUUGUCUCUCAAAUCAGCGAUGGCCAGCCCCAGGUUCCUGUCGCUACUGCUACUGCGCCCGUUGUCACCCAGAUCAGCGACGGCCAGCCGCAAGUCCCCGUCGCUACUGCUACUGGACCUGUUGUCUCCCAGAUUAGCGAUGGCCAGCCCCAGGUUCCCGCCCCUACUGGCAACGUCACCAUUCGCCCUAAUAUCACGUCUCCCUCCGUCCCGGACUUCACCGCUGCUGCCGCGACUACCGCUGCCAGCGUUGGUGCUCUUGCAGCUGCUUUGUUGGGUCUCUUCGCCCUCCUAUAA